UCGGAAGGGAUUGUUCCUCUGUGUGCGGGUUGUGUCACAACGAUGAUCUGUGCAAUCCCUACACGGGAACUUGUGACGAUUUCCAUUUGUGCAGUGUUCAGAGUGCACCUGCAGUCUGUGAGAGAGGUACCUAAACAUAAGUGCUUUAUAUAUGGCGGGUUUUCCUAAUGCAGUACAAAAAUUUGAAGGUGAGUGAUUGCCUUUGUUCUUGGCAUAAGCAAUGUUUCACGUGUUCAUUCCUAGCAGUUAUUUCCCUUUCCCCGGCAUUUUGUCAGUGCUUAACUAAUUCUCCUUUUGUCUGCUGUCAGUAAUCAGGACCCUCGAGUAUUAUUGCUCCUUUGUAUUUGACUAGCUAUGAAAAGUUUGUGGUGCCCCCAUUUUUCUGGUUGGUCGUAUUGGAGUGGCAACUGUUACUACUUCGGCACAGAGGCCCCUGCCAGCUGGGUUCAAGCAAGGGAGAAAUGUAGAAGAUACAGAAGUGCAGAUCUGCUAUGGAUUGAGAGUCCAGAAGAAAUGAAUUGGUUGUUCUCGGCAAUUCCAUCUGAAACCUUUUGGAUUGGAUUGAAUAGCAGGCAGCAAGAGUCUAUCUGGAUUUGGUCAAAUGGGAAAUCAGCUGCUAAAGAACUUGAUUGGUUAUCUGUAACUGGAAAUCCAUCUGGAAGAUGUGCAGGUAUCCAGCCAGCACCCAGAAGUAUUUUAAAGUUUAACUGUGAAAAUAAGUACAGAUGGCUUUGUAAGAAAGCUGAAUCUCCAAACAUUUUUGAUGUGUUUCUUAGUCAGUACCUGUCAAGACCAUUUUCAUCACAGAAGAUCUACAGCUCCCUCCAUAGUGCUAAGACAGACUGCUUAUAUGACCGGAACUGCACUGGAGUAGUAAAAGUCUCUCAGUACUUCAGAAGAAUGGCAGGAAUUGAUGAAAUCCACUUUGCUCCUUUUACUGCUCCCUCAAGUGCUAUUUCCUAUGUAAAACGUGGUAUGUGUCACACUCCAAGUACAAAUUUGCUGCAGGUGCAGAAGAAUGAGAGCCAUGUGGUAAAUUGUAUUAACUUUUCACCUAUAUUGCCUCACCAGUCUAUGGUGGUUAAAGCAAGUUGAAAUGUUUCAUC